ACAGUACCGGCGAGGUGUGUCGCGCAAAACAACCCCUUGCUUUUAACGUCGGUUUUAUCCCUUUUUCUUUCAACUUCACAAGAAGUGGGUUUCAAGUACAUGUGCAAAGAUGGGUUAAAAAAGAAGAUUGGUAAUAGGUCGGUUUUAUGUGCUGGCGUUUGCUUUUUAAAAAGCAGAUAAUUCAAACAACUUUCGGAGUCAUUUAUGAAGAAAUAUAAUUGCAAUCGAUUUUGAUAGAGAAUUCGUAAUGACUACGACUCUCCCGAUUUUUACAGCAAUUUAUUCAACAAAGCAAGAGGAUGCUACAAUUACAGUUCCAGGAAUUUCAACGAAGAUACCUGGAAAUGGUUCAUCCAAUCCUCAUAUUACUUUGGUACCGCCUGCGUUUAUUUAUAAUCGAACGCAAAAGUCAAUUACGGAACUACUCUAUAAUGGAACUGGAUAUUACCUUGAAGAUGAAGAUGAAACAGGUUUAACUGAUCUUCAUACGUUGUUGUUAGCAUGUUUCGCCACAACCGUGUUUUUGGCAGUUACUGUAUCUACUGCGUUUGGAAUUAGGUUAUUAUGGAAAAAGUAUAGGAGAAGUAAACAAAACUUGAAGUAUGACGGGAUAUUACACAGAGAAGGAACAUCCGAAUCAAUAUCAAGGCCAUUACAUUCCCAUCUUCUGGAAGAUAAGAGUGGCGUGGAAUCACAUUUAUCAGUUAAUACAGAAGAUUUGGAAAUAGCUAAUGGAUUGGAGAUCAAUACGCAAGUCAGAAGCAACACGCAUUCGAAUACCAAUGGCAGCAUUAUCACCAUGACCUUAAAAAAUAAUCAUUUAAUUGUGGAAACGGAAGAGAGAAAUGACCUUGAAGAAGACAGCAGAGAAACUACGAUGAAAUAUUCCCCAAGUACCAGAGAUGGAGUUUUUGUAGUAGAGGUACAGCAAGGAAUGAGAAGGAGUCCGAGUUCUGGAGGGCCAGGCCAUGGAAUAAUAUCUGUCGGCGACCAGUGUGCUCUGGUACAUCACCCACCUGAUAAAUACAGUGAUGACGAAACUAUUGAAGAAUAUGAUGAGAGUGAAUAUUGCAUUGAGAUGAUAUCGCCAGAUACACCUGAUUCCGUAUCGUUCAAAGCGAAAACGGGUUUGAGUCAAUCCAUAACCAGCCUAACUCAUCCAUCAUAUUGCUAUACAAAUCAACAAUGUUAUGACAUAGACAAUUAUGGAUCAAGUCAGUAUAAGGGAUAUUCAGUUUGUAAUGAACAAGCAAUGCCUAAGCCAAUUGAGGACAACAAACCGAAGAUAAUGGCGGCUAUUUAUAAAAAUACCCUCAAAAGAAGUCCUAGUACUGAAGACCUACACAUGGCGUCCAUAAAUGGGGGAUUGGUGGAAGAUUCGGUUGUCCAAAAAGAUUUAUUGCAGAGAUCCAUAAACGACAAAAGACCAACACCGGAAUCUUCGAAAAUAGUAGAGAAAGCAAACAUCGCCACCGAAUUAUCUUCUAGCAAUACUAACCCUAUCAAGGAAGCGGAAAUGACACCUGGAGAUUAUGAAAAUGAAGAAUUUAAAUGCAACAGUUCGGCAGGAAGUUAA